UUUAAACCAAGCAAGUCGAGAUGUUCUUCAGGUGCUUUCUGCUGCUGUCGGCAAUCAACUUCCUGUCCGCAGGACGAGUUCCCCAACCGGAAGAACGCAUCAUCGGUGGAAAAAAUAUUAAAAUAGAAUAUGCUCCGUGGCAAGUGUCCUUACAACAUCUAGGAAAACAUUGUUGUGGUGGUUCUAUUUACAGCAAGGACAUUAUCAUCACUGCUGCUCACUGCCGUUUUGCUGACGGAGGAGUAGAACUUGGAGCUGAAUACUUCCAAGUUCGCGUAGGAUCUUCACUGAAAAGCAGCGACGGGACUCUUAUCCAAGUAGAAGCAAUUAUAUCACACGAGGAGUAUAAAAACGUUACAAAUGGAAAAGACAUUGCUGUGAUGCGAUUGAGUGAGUCACUUGAGUUCUCAAACAAAGUGCAGCCGAUCCCCUUAGCCGAAAAAAAUCCGCUACCUGGGAGUCUUGCAAUGGCUUCUGGUUGGGGAGCAAUGGCAGUGAGAGAGGAUCUUUCAAUUUCACCUCCUGAAGUAUGGAUAAUAAGGGACCAUCCUGAACAUCUUAGAGGCACACGUCUUGAUAUUAUAAAUUGUCGGGAAUAUCAGGACGCCACUGAGGAUAACAUUUGUGUGAAAACUCCUGGACAAUCGACUUGUACUGGCGACUCUGGUGGACCUUUGGUUGUUGACCAGCAACUUGUCGGUGUUACCUCAUUUGGUCCUUCUCUUUGCAAAGGCUUUGCGGCCUUCGCAAGCAUCCCUUAUUACCGGAACUGGAUUUUAAAUGCUAUUAAAUUUAUUUAGGUUUUCAUCUUUGAAAAUAACCCGCAAAAAGGCAAAAAACAACAAUCAGUAAAAAAUAAAAUUAAAAGUAAAAGAAAAGUAAGAAGUAGAGUAAAAAGUAAGUCAUUAAAAGGGAUUUUGUCUUGGUUCGACUGUAUUUUCUUCAGAAGAAUUUUAACGAAUAAAAAAAAAUACCUAAAUCAUA